AUGAAGACUCUGGCUGUCCUGCUCCUGGGCUGUUUGGUGGGGCUUGUCCACCUUACCUCAGGGGCCUCAGUUGACCGACCUGUGGCAGAACAACAUGGGCAAGCUCAAGAUGAUGUGUUCCUGGAGCCAGAGCGGGCCGAUUCUGUGGUGAGGCAGAAGAGAGCGCUUUCUCAGUAUCAGCUGGAGAGCCUGAGAGAGGUGUGUGAGGCCAAUCUGGGCUGUGAGCACAUGAUGGACACCAGUGGGAUCAUCGCUGCCUACACCGCCUACUAUGGACCCAUCCCUUAUCAGUAUUAG